AUGUCCAUAUGUGAGAGUACCGUUAUUUUCGACAAUCAUGGCGACAUUGAGGUUCAGGUGAGCGGCGACACGAGUCGCUACGUUGUUUGUUCCCGCGCCUUGGCUCGAAUGUCACCAGUUCUACGGUCCCAGACGCGUCAAGAUUCCGUUCCAGAUACCCAAGACCGAUGCAAUCGUCGCCGUGUUAUACUUGAGCUCAAUGGCAACGAUGACGACUCCUUGACGAUCUUGUUCAACAUUGCCCACGCGCAUUUCCUCGCCGUUCCUCGCACACUCAGCAUCAAGCAAAUGUACAACCUGUCCAUUUUGACGUCCCGCUACCAGUGUACCUCGAUACUUGGCCCUUGGGUUGAGUCGUGGAUAGCUGGUGUGGAGGGUACCGUGCGCAGGGACGACAUGGCCAUGGUGCUAUGGGUGUUUUGGGAGCUUGGCUUCAGCGACAACUUUCGCACAAUGGCGCACAGAGUGACCGUUGAGCUAGACGCGUGUGAGUUUACCAACGGUAAUCGUCUUUGGAGCAGCGCAAGAGCAACAAGUCUCGCCUGUGCGACAUCCGAACAGCGUCUUUACAGGCUCUCCUUGACACGACAGCCGACAUGCUUGCAAAACUUGUUCUCCUGGAGCAGUGUUCGAGGUGGUCUCGUUUUGCGGCGCGAGGCGGCCCCCAGCGCUGCCGACAGGCGAUGCGCGCCAUGA